AGUCAGAAGCUUGUAUUUGUCAAACGCCACAGUUCUGCUUGAUACAAAAGUAAGGUGUAUUGGAAGGUGGGGAAUAUUCGGAAUAAAAGUUUAGCCGUGGCUGCAGCUUGGAUUAUAUUAUUGUUUGGUGCCGAUGUCUCGUCGAUCACAGGGUAAACGGUCAUGGGAUGUGCGCGCGUCAGUGUUAGCUCGCAACACCCAUAACUUGAUAAGGAGCAUUGUUGAAAACCUCCAAGUGGAACCGAAUCCUAAUAAACCUUUAAUAGCACUUUCUGUCGGUGAUCCAACGGUAUUUGGAAAUUUGAAUCCUCCUGAGCAAGUACUGCAAGCAGUCCGAGAUAGCAUAGAGUGGUCUUCUAGUCGAGGUUAUGGCUCGAUGGUUGGUCACCAAGAAGCGAGACAGGCAGUUGCAAAGUACAGUGCUCAUCAGGGUUCAGUUACAGGUGACGAUGUGAUACUAUGCAGUGGAUGCUCCCAUGCUAUAGAGUUGGCUGUAACAGUUCUAGCAGACUCUGGACAAAAUAUUUUAGUACCUCGACCAGGUUUCAUGAUAUACAAGACUGUAGCUGAAGGUUUAGGAAUCGAGAUCAAACAUUACGAUUUAUUGCCAAAUCAACAAUGGAAAGUAGAUUUAGAAGAUUUAGAGAAUCAAAUAGAUAAAGAAACAGCAGCGAUCGUUGUCAUCAAUCCAUCUAAUCCAUGCGGAUCUGUUUACACGCGAGAGCAUUUGACAGAAAUUCUCGAAGUAGCGUCUCGGAAUUGUGUACCAAUUAUUGCCGACGAGAUAUACGAGCACUUCGUUUUCGCCGGCCAUGAAUUCACAGCUAUGUCGGCUAUAUCGAAAGACGUCCCCGUGCUCACAUGCGGUGGAUUGACUAAACGUUUCUUAGUACCCGGUUGGAGAAUGGGAUGGUUGAUAAUACAUGAUAGACAGAAUAUAUUGGGAAGAGAAGUGCGUAAGGGAUUAUUUAAUUUAGCAAGUAAAAUUCUUGGUCCCAGCACUCUGAUACAAAGAGCUUUACCAACGAUUCUUGAAUCGACACCGCAAAGUUUCUUUGAUGAAGUCGUUCUGUUUAUAGAGAAUCAAGCCAAACUGGCGUUUGAAGAACUACAGCGGGUUCCUGGGUUGAAGCCGAUCAUGCCACAAGGAGCCAUGUAUAUGAUGAUUGAAAUCAAGAUGUCACAGUUUCCAGAGUUCAAAAGCGAACUUCAAUUUGUCGAACGAAUGGUCGCCGAACAGUCUGUGUUUUGUCUGCCUGGAGAGUGUUUCUGCUAUCCAAAUUACAUGCGCAUCGUUUUAACAGUACCCGAAGAUAUAUUGAGGGAAGCCUGUCAGAGAAUAGCUGUAUUUUGUCAAGAUCACAUUGCGUCUAGAGAAAAUAUAAAUAAAAUUGGCAGCAAUGAAGUUGCUCUUGCAAAUGAAGCCUGUGAAACGAUCAAUGUGUAGACUAUAUAGUUGAAUAUAUUUGAAUAACACCUCUUAAUUUUUGUUUGUGUGACGGGAUAGAUGUUUACUGGUGUUUACAUAUGACGAACGAUAACCAUUACUCGAAAGGUGAGCCUGCUCUGAACACAAAGCCAUUUCUAAACGCUCAAUUUAACUGUGGUAAUUUUCGGAGUUAAAGUAUGAUAAUAGUGUUGAGAAAUUUAUUACUACACUAUACUUUAUGUUAAUAAAUGAUUUUUUAUGUUU